UAUAUUAUUUUCGGAAAUGGCAUAUUUUGAAAUAAACCAAAAAAAAAAUACUUAUUCGGGCUUAGAAAGCAUCAAAAUUCGCUUUCCGGCAAAAAAGCUUGAAUGAAAAAAAUUGCAAACUUUCGACCGCAACAAAGCAAAAUUUCAACUUUGGAAACACCAAAUUAUUCGGCCUAAAAUAAUAAAAAUACAAAAAUGCAAAAACAUUGCCUGAACGUCUGCGCACCCGCCUGCCGCAGCUCCCACUGGAUGUGCAAUAAUUGUUGUUGCAGCACACCAAUGCUGCCGCGGAACUGCGCCAGCUGCAUUUGGCCACGUUCAUGCAACAACAAUAAGCGCCGCGAUGAAUGGCUGUGGCACUCGCGUUGCUUAACCGAUCAUUAUAUGAAGCGUUCAAAAGAACAGUUUGAUACACCGCUUUGGCGACGUGCAAAGCAUCAACGCUCCAAUGCCAUUUCCAUGUUGAAUCUGCGCAACACAAUGUCAACGCUGCCACCGCCGCCGCAGAAGAAAAGAGGGCGGAGAAGAAGGCGUCGGAGUAUUGAAAGAGCUGCAGAAAUCAUAAUUGACAAACCGUUCGCCUGUAGGGGCGGUUAUCUACGCGGACUGGCCAACAUGCCGAGCUGCCGUUGUGAGCGCAUGGGACACCUGCUGCUGCAGCCGAAAUUCUUUAACAAAUGCAAAUGCGAGCCGUAUGAGUGGAUGCCGGAUGUGCCGCUUACCUACUAUCCGAAAUUUCCAUGCCUCGAUCCCUUCGGCAACGCGUGUGACGAUGAGUUCGCAGCAUAUUUGCUCAAAUACCUAAACGGUGUGGGCAGCUACGAAGCGCGUGUGAAAAAACUUGUAAAUAAAAGAUUUCUUGAGAGUUUAAAUAAACUCUAUGCCAAUGUGGGCGGCGGUCGGAAUGGUUUUGUUGGUGCCAACAGUUACAAUUACGAUUCAGUUGAGAGAGAAUAUGAAUUUGAAGGUUUCUUCGGCACCUUUAACCAGUCUAAAGAGAGUGUAAAACGAAAAACUGCUUCAGCUGCCUUUAGUCCCAGGCGUAAUUCAUCGUUCAUAUCUUCAUUUGAAGAAGACGAAGAAAAGAAUUAUUCUAAACGGUAUCACUAUCCCACGUCGGUGCCACUGGAAAAGCAGCCCUACUUCAGAACUAGUCCGAGUCAGAUUUUAAAGUAUUUGGCGGAUAUAUAUUACAAAAAUAGUGGUGGCAACUCUACCCAAAAAUGUUUGCAGCGGCAGCUCUUUCAGAUUGGCUUUCGCUAUCUGGAUUCUCAGAAUGUGAGCAAGCCGAAAAAUUCAUUUACUUCCUUAUUAAUUUUAAAUAGGUGGCAACUCCGGUCAAUAAUUUUUGCCUCUGAAAUCCAUUUAUACAUAAGGAACAAUUGUAAUAAAAUAUGUAAUUUAUUUUAUGUAAUAAAGAGCGUUUAAAUUUUCAAAUA